AUGACGACUCCAAAGACUUUAGGUUUCUGGGAACUAUUCAAAUAUCGAAAGCCAGUGAUAUUUUAUGGUGGCAAAUUGCAUUUCGUCGAACGAAACUCGGCACAUGAAAAUAAAGAGUCCAGGAAUUAUGCGCUUUUUCGCGUGUACAAUCUAAAGUGUUCGCUUGCGAAAUUGCGUCAAGAAAUAAUUUCUAUUGUUGGCCUAUCGACAAAAAUUGAAUUCACGCAUAGUUCAGCAUAUGCGAAAAGUUCCAUGCAAUCUUUGGGUGAUGAGAACACAAAUACAUCAAAAUGUGAUGUGGUGAAGAUUAGAAUACUAUUCAGAAAUAGUACACACCAAACUGUAAUCAAUCGUCUAUACUCAUCGUUAGCAAUACGAGAAUUGACAGAAAACGGAUUCAACGAUUGGAUCCCACUGGACAUUACAUCAUACCACAUAAUAGAGCCAACGUGGCGUCUAAUUGUGGUUUCUACGGAUAAUUGGCCACCACACAGUGACGUUGUUAAGCAGACACUCUUGACGUCUGGCAUUGACGAUAUUAUUCGUAAACAAAACACGUAUCAAGGAUUAGCGGAAUUGUUUCAUGGACAAGUUUAUAAAGUAGAGCGUGAUAAUAAUCAUGGUAGUGGAAAUGCUGCCGAUCCUUUGAUCGUGGUGGAGACGAGAACUUUUAAUUCGAAUCCGGUGUUUGUUGAAGUAUAUAAUUGGAUUUUUGAGUAUGGAAUGCUGAAUGAAGAGAAUCUCGAUACGUGUUUUAUUUCACUGCUAGUUAGUUCAUUAAAUGUAUACACAUCACUUUUUUGCCUAAAUGAUGUUUAUGAAAAUCUGAGUACUCAUGGAUGGGGCUCAUUUGGAAACACCAUCUUCAAAGGGGAAAGUCCAAAUGUCACAUUGAUAAAACGGAUAAUUAAUCUUGAGCAAGUGUUGACAGAAAUCCAGUUGGAUUCGUUUAAGAAUCAUACAUAUAAACUUCAUGACGCUAUUGACCGAUUAACAAGUCUUUUCGAAAAAGAUGCAAAAGAUCUUGAGAUGCGCACCAGGAUUUAUAUUGUGCGGAAAUUGAGAAUUUUAUUGAUGUUUGUACUAAUGACCGCUAUAUUCACAAUUGUUGUGGUGUAUCAUUAUUGGAAUAUGCAACAGAGACUGUUUUCGAUUCAAGAGAUGACUUGGCUAUUCUGUGUACUAUCGAUCUUCACUUUUAUCAUACUAUACACCAAACAAGGGAUCAACAAUUACGCAAGGUUCUCUGCAUGGUUUAUGAAAGCUGCGCAGCUUCAUCGCGAGACAGUCAAGGAUGUGCUUUGGGACCUUCGAGAGAAUCUUAAUCGCGUUAUCGUAGAUUUGAAUGGGCGUGAACUGGUGCUUCGUUAUGUGCUCAAUUGUAUUGUAGAUGUUUGUAGUGAUUUGCGUGACACUAUUUCGAAUUUCGGAGAAAUUUAG